AUGACUCAAACAGCGAAUCAGUUACUAGCUUACGUCGUCCCUGAUUGCACAUGGAUACCUUCAGGUUCAACUGCUUCGACUGAAUCAGCUUAUCCCCGCUUUCCAAAUCUCGUGAGAGAAUGGCGUUACUUCAACCGAAGUGUCAAUUUGAACCGUAAUAUUCCGGUAGGACAAUUCCAGGUGUUUCCAACCGAUAGUCAAGAUCUAAGUGUAGAAGAUGCAAGAACUCGGCUCUAUUCUAAUGUUUUAUGGCCAGUUAAAACACUACUAGGAGGAGCAAUGUUUCGUGCGAGAGGUCCUGGAAUAUUGGGUGUUCCUGAUUACACUUUAUGCACUAAUAAUCCCUUAACGGCCAAGAUGCCUGUGGAGAUUAAAACGCGUCACAAUUUGAAAUUAAAUAAUUAUAAUCUCUGGGAAGUUUAUCGAAGUGUUGACCGGGCUCAAAUAGCGGAUCAAGAUUUUAGGUUUAGAAAAAAGAUCUUAUCUCAAGUGUUUGGAGAAUUGGCCUGCAAUGGUCUUCAUUACGGGAUUUUGACAAACUAUUCUGAUACAUAUUUUCUCAAACGACUAGAAACAGAACCAACUACCCUAUAUGUUUCUCGUGUUAUUCAUCCUAAUAGUAACCAUCCGACUUUACGCGAUUCAAGUAAGAGGAGUUCUUCGAUUCAGACUGGUAGCAAGAAGAAAGUGAAGACGUCAUCUUCCAAAGAAAUAACUACAAUAGAUAAAUAUAUAGGUGGUGGAACCUUUGGAAAGGUUUUUUCUGGCUAUUAUGGUUGUCAAUCCGUGGCAUGGAAGACUUGUGAUGCGUACAAGGAGCAAGAAGCGAUGAAGAUGCUAAAACAUGAAGCUCAUAUUUAUUCAAUUUUGAAAGAACUUCAAGGAAACACUAUUCCAUGUUUGCUAUAUGAAGGGUAUAUUUAUGACGGUUAUCUUUACACAUUGGCAUUACAGCUAAUUGAAGAUGCUCGUCAUAUAGAUCCGGCAAUACUUACUAUAGAAGAAAAGGAAUCGAUAGUAAAACAAUUAGAAUCAAUACAUAGUUUUGGCGUCUUACAUAAUGAUAUUGCUCUGAGAAAUAUUCUCUUUGAGCCAAAAAGUCAUAAAUACUUUUUUGUUGAUUUUGGCCUAAGUGAGAUCGUGGAUGACGAAUCACCAAAAUUGCGCAAGGAAGAAAGGGGAUUAAAAAAUUUUUUACACCUUUAA